AUGACUUCUGUUUUUGUUAUAGAUAAGGUUUGUGGAAACUUACCACAUGUAUCAUUAUCAUCAAAUAUUGUGAAUUCUUUCAGUGAUCUGAUUUUGCUGGAUCCUACAUUUUAUGAAUCUGCCCCAAUAGAUAUUCUUCUAGAAGUCAAUGUUUUCAUGUCACUUGUUUUGGGUGAACCAAUUAAACAAAACCAAGAACUUCCAACAGCUGUUCAUUCAAAAUUAGGUUGGAUCAUUUCAGGAACAGCAUUAGUUAAUUCUUAUGUGAACUCUUGGGUAUCAUUAAAUAAUUUAGAGUUAACUACUAGUGAAUUAGUUAAAUUUUGGAUUCUCGAAACAGUUCUGGAAGAAAGUGUUCUGUCGAAAUCCGAAGUAAGGUGUGAGGAACAUUUUAAAACUUUUCAUAACAGAGAUAACACAAGUAGAUAUGUAGUAAGAUUACCAUUCAAGAAGUCACCAUCAGAAUUAGGACAUUCAAGGGAAUUAGCUUUGAAAAGUUUUUUACUUUUGGAAAAUAGAUUAGUCAUUCCUAGAAUUCAACCAGAAUUGUUUGACAUUCUCAUCCGAUUUAGAACAUAUGCUGUUGCUAUCUUUGUGGAUAUGGAAAAAAUGUAUAGACAAAUUCGUGUGUAUCAAGAAGGUUAUCUUGUAUUUUCCUUUGAAGCUCUUGGAGUGCUUCAAGGGACGCGGUAUGUUAUUAUUAAAUUUAACUUUGUAGAUGCUGCUGCUAUUGCGAACGCAGAUUGA